AUGGGUGAAGGCUCGCGGAUGGUCAGAGAGCUCUUUGUGAUGGCCAGAGAGCAUGCGCCGUCGAUCAUUUUCAUGGACGAGAUCGACUCGAUCGGAAGCUUGCGUGCGAGAGCACGGCCGCAGCGGGGCCGAAGAUAUCGGCUUAUUGAGAUCAAAAGUGGUCAUUCGUUGCUCAACUUGCUCCAUGAGUCCCAUGAGCUCCAAGACUUCAAUUCCGGGAGCCACGAGACUGAUGGCAGUCAUGAUGAGGGCUCGAAGAGAUUGAUCCCGGAAUACUUCCCCAAGAUCUUCGGACCCAACGAGGAUCAGGAGUUGGAUGUGGAGGCCUCCCGCUGUCUUUUCGAAGAAUUGAGGACCACUAUCAAUCGCGACUUGAACCAGGAACUCAGUCUUGAUCAGGUUGCUUGGGGGUUUAUUAAGAUUGCCAACGAGACCAUGUGUCGGCCGAUUCGAGCACUAACAGAGGCGCGAGGAUAUGCGAGUUCGAAGCACAUCCUGAGUGUGUUUGGGGGCGCGCGCGGGCAGCAUGCAUGUUUGUUAGCCCGGACACUCGGGAUCACUCGGAUCGUCAUCCAUCGCCAUGCGUCGAUCCUGAGCGCCUACGGAAUGGCCCUUGCCGAUCGCGUCGUCGAGGCCCAACUUCCCUCCGCUACCAUCUAUCAUUCAGCCGGUCAUAGUAGACUUGGGCUUGAGAAAUCUCUCGAUGCUUUGCAGGAAAAGGUCUGUCUGACUCUCACCAAUCAGGUGUUUCGAGGAGAGUCGGAUCGUCGUCGAACGUUACUUGAAUAUGAGGUAUGA